CUUUUGAAUUAAUUUUAUCUGGGAUUCCGCAAUCAAGAUUUUAUUCAUUUUCUAAAAGAAAAAAAAACAAGAAAAUCUAAAAUAAAAUUAUGUAGAAUUGGAAUUAAAAAAUUUUACAAAUUAAUAUCCUUUUUGCAUAGUUGCGUAGUACACGGAGUCGUGUUACUUGCGUACGAUCCAUAUGGUAGCAUUAAUAAUUAAACACAAUCUUUUAUAUUAACUAUUUGAUGUACAAUCGGCUGGUAUGAAUAGUUUUAUAACAGUUCACGAUUUUGCAUGAUUGAAUAUUACCUGUGAGAUGUUCUAAUAUUGAUUAUAAGGUAUUCAAGUUCUUAUUUGAAAGUCAAAUUUGACAAUAUCUUACCAUUGGAAAAAUCAUUCUUUGAAAUAAAAAAAAUAUAUUGAAACUCAUAAUAGCUAAAGAAAAUCUAUAGACAUUUUGUGAGACUUGCAAGUUUAUUUUUAUUAAUAUUUUCAUGCAUGAUUAUUCAAGAUGGCAAGUUGGCAAUACCUUCUACAAUCAAUUCUUCAAGAGCAUAAAAAUUUUGUUUUAAAAAACAAAGACAGGAAUGAAUUUGAAUUAAUGAAAUUUUUUGUUGACAAUGAUGGCAUAAGAAAACAAAUAAAUUUGUGGUUUUAUAAUGUACAACAUAGUGGUAUUUCAUAUGAAAAGAAUAUGCAAAAAAGUGAACAAUUUAGAAAACUAGGUAAUAGAGAAUUUAAAAAUAAAACAUAUUUAGACAGCAUAAAAUAUUAUACAUUGAGCUUACAAUAUGCUUCAUGGGAAAGUCAAGAGUUUGCAUUAGCCUUAGCUAACAGAUCUGCUGCCCUAUUUCAUCUAGAAAAAUACCAGGCUUGUACUGAAGAUAUAAAAUUAGCUAUGGAAUAUAACUACCCACAGAAUAUGUUAUAUAAAUUAUAUUUGCGUGCAGCUCGUUGUUAUUUAAAGCUACAGAAGAAAAAUCUUGUGGAAGAAUUUUUAUGUAAGCUAAAUGAGUGUCUUGAAACUGAUUAUAUUAUUUCCAGCAAUAAAAGAGAUAUUCUAGAAAAACAAAUACUUCUACUAUCAUCUGAAGCUAUAAACAUAGUUGAUAUCAUCGAAAUGAAUGAACUAGAUUGUCAUUUACCUGAAAUUGCAUUUGGUGAACAUUCAGAAUUCCGAAACGCAUCAGCUGCUCUAAAUUUGAAAUUUUCCAAAGACAAAGGUCGCCAUGUAUAUGCUAAUCAGAAUAUAAAAAAAGGACAAAUUUUAUUCGUUGAACGACCGUUUGCCUUUGUUUUAUUAGAGAAUGAGUUCAGUCAUACUGUUUGUGCUCAAUGUUGUAAAUGGAAAGGUGAUGUACCAAUAUCUUGCAAAUUUUGUGCAAAUACAAUUUAUUGUACUGAAAAGUGCAGAAUAGAUGCUUGGUUAACCCAUCAUCAAUGGGAAUGUUUUGGGAAUCAAAUAGAUAUUUGGAAUAAAAUUGGAAUAGCACAUUUGACUAUCAGAACCUUCUUAACAUGUUGCUACACAGAAGAUAAAAUUAUGUUUAAUAAUAUUCAACGCUUGGUUACAAACAUAAAUGAAAUAUCAACUCAAGAUAUGUUUAUUUACGGAAUAACGGCAUUGAUGAUGACUUUAUAUUUACAUGAUUUUACAAAUUUCUUCGAAGUGAUGAAUAUUUAUGAAGUUUUAUUUGCAAAAUUUGAUGACUCAAAACUUAACAUGCAUACAUUAUUAGAACUUCUCCCCGAAGAUUGGUCAAAACACUUAACUUUGGUUUAUAUAAGUGGAAUUAUUUUACGGCAUAUGUUGCAGCUUAUAUGUAAUGGCCAUGCUAUAACAAAACUACAAUUGGCUAAUAAUGAAAAUGGAAAUUGUAUUACCGAAUAUCAGUGUAGACUUGCUACAGCUAUUUAUCCAUCAGCAAGUAUGAUGAACCACUCUUGUGAUCCAAAUAUUAUAAAUAGUUUUAAAGAUAAAUAUCUUAUUGUGAAAGCUAUAAAAGACAUUCCUAUUGGUAGUGAAAUUUUUAAUUGUUACGGACCUCAUUACAGGCGAAUGUAUACAAAAGAUAGACAAGUAGCGUUACAAAGUCAAUAUUGUUUCAAGUGUGAAUGUGAUGCUUGUACCCUACGUCCAUUGAAUAACUUUUUGUAUAAAUUUCAAACACUGAGUUGUGAAGAUUGUAUGGGACCGCUUGAAUUGAUUAAUAACUCAUCUGCACACUGUUUAGACUGUCAAACAACAAUUUAUCUAAAGACAAACCUUAUAUAUGAAUUGGAAGAAUCAAAAAAUUUACAUAAUAAAGCAAAAAUUGACUUAGAGGAAAGACAAUUUGAACAAGCUUUGGAGAAAGCAAAGCGAUGUCUUGAUAUUAGAAAAAAGUUUUUAAACCAAUCACAUGAAGCUGUUGCAUCAACAUAUGAUUUAAUUGGAAAAAUAUUAGCUUUAAUGGGUCGAUGGUUAGAUUCUAUAUCCCACUUGGAACAUAGCAUUGCAGCAGUUGAAGAAAGAUUUGGAGAACAUAGUAUAGAGCUUGCCAAUGAAAUCAACAAAAUUACAGAUAUAUGUAUGCAGUAUCUCAAUGAGGAAACCAACACAAACACUAAACAGUACAAAAAUACUGCGAAAAAAACCCGACGACUUCUAAAUAGAGCUGAAGAGAUUUUCAACUUGAAUUAUGGCCCAUGGAAUGAUGCUGAUUGUCAAAUAACAAAUAAACUUCAAGAUUUAGUGCCUUUACUAGAAAAUUUAAAUUUGUAAUUUAUUAUUCAAAAAAGUAUGUACCGUAUAAAAUACUUUAGUAGAAUAGACUAGUUUGAAAUAAGUUUGUAUAUUUUAUUAUGUAUUUUUUACAUGCACAUAAACUAGAAAACGUCCGCUCAUUGAAUAAACAAUGAUCUAAACUAAAAAAUGUUACAUAAAAGUUAAUCAAGGAAUAAAUAUCGAAUAUUGUAAGUUACAAUUGUUUGCUUCUCUCUGAUACUCAAAUGUUACUAAAGUUAAAAAAAAUCUUUAAUCUACGAU